GCCGGCGGCUGACAGACACUUCCGGCGCGGGCCUCCCUUCUCUCCGCUUGGCUGCCGUCUUCCAGCCAGCGUUCCCGGCCCCACCGGUCCGACUCCCUAGACUCAGCUCCCAGGCCCGGCGUGGCCCCGGGUGGGCUGGGGAGAAUGCGGCGCCAGGCCUAGGGCUUGCUGUGCCGCCCUCUCUCCUCCCCGCCUUCAGCCCUAAGUCGUUAGCCCUUUCCCUUCGCUUCCAGCAGUCGUCUUUCAGCUUUUCGCUUGGACUUGUCGCAGACCCCGACCAGACCCAAACCGAUAACCAUCGUCGUGAUGUCGCACCCGGACAUACCGGCCUCCGGCGGCGCCCUCACUGGCCGCCAGGCCCAGAAUGGGGCCGCCUCGGCCUCAGGGUCUCCUUACACCAACGGUCCUAUCCAAAAUGUACUGAUGUCUUCACAAGUGUCAGUGAGCCAAGGAUACAAUUCUCAGCUACCAGGAUCCUACCCUCAUCUAAUACCGGCAAAAACUUUGAAUCCAGUCUCUGGACAGUCUACCUGCAGUGGUUCUCAGACUGUAUCUCCAUUAAGUAAUUAUCAGGGACCUGGGCAGACUCUUUAUAGACCACCUGUGGCUUCUAAUCCAGUGACACCUUCACUUCAUAGUGGUCCUGUUCCCCGAAUGCCACAAUCUACUUCUCAGAACCCAGCUGCUACAUCAAUGCCUUCUGGUAGCUUUCUUCCUGGAGCCAAUGCACCACCACCUUUGAAUUGGCAACAUAACUAUCCAUCUGCAGGAUCACAGACAAACCAUUAUCCUCGUGCAUCAUCUGGACCAAGUAUGUCCGGGCAUACAACUUUGACAACAACUCAUCAAUAUGUUUCUUCUGGAGAUCCUUCACUUCAAAACAACUUCAUAAAACCAGGUUCUGCACCCCCCUUAGUGAAUCCGCCUCUGCCUACCACUUUUCAACCAGGAGCUCCUAUUGGGCCACCUCCAACCGGAGGACCCCCUCCAGUGAGAGCGCUCACUCCUCAGAAAUCAUCACAUAGAGCUGUGCCACAGCCCUCAUUUAAUUCAGCUAUCAACCAAGAAGGUAUUACAUCAAAUAGCAACAAUGGAUCUAUGAUGGUUCACAAUAGUUAUGAUGAAAUCGAAGGCGGUGGCUUCUUAGCAACACCACAGCUUACUAAUAAGAAUCCUACAGUAAGCCGAAGUGUUGGAUAUUCAUAUCCCUCCUUACCACCUGGUUAUCAGAACACAACACCACCUAGCACAAUCGGAAUGCCACCCUCUUCCUUGAAUUACCCAAGUGGGCCACAGACCUUUACUCAGACUCCUUUAGGUGCUAAUCAUUUAACUGCAAGCAUGAGUGGAUUAAGUCUACAGCCAGAAGGGCUAAGAGUUGUCAAUCUUCUUCAAGAAAGAAACAUGCUACCAUCAACACCUUUGCAGCCUCCAGUUCCAAAUUUGCAUGAAGAUAUCCAGAAACUCAACUGUAACCCUGAAUUAUUUCGAUGCACGCUGACUAGCAUUCCUCAGACUCAGGCCUUACUGAAUAAAGCCAAACUUCCUUUGGGACUGCUGCUUCAUCCUUUCAAAGACCUAGUGCAAUUGCCUGUGGUUACCUCCAGUACAAUUGUGAGAUGCCGUUCAUGCAGGACGUACAUCAACCCUUUUGUCAGCUUUCUUGAUCAAAGGAGAUGGAAGUGUAACUUAUGUUACCGAGUCAAUGAUGUUCCUGAAGAAUUCAUGUACAACCCAUUGACCAGAAUCUAUGGUGAACCUCACAGAAGACCUGAAGUUCAAAAUGCUACAAUUGAGUUUAUGGCUCCCUCAGAAUACAUGUUACGACCACCUCAACCUCCAGUGUACCUCUUUGUAUUUGAUGUAUCUCACAAUGCAGUUGAAACUGGAUACUUGAAUUCAGUUUGCCAGAGUUUGUUAGACAAUCUAGAAUUGCUUCCUGGCAACACUAGGACAAAAAUUGGCUUCAUAACAUUUGAUAGUACAAUCCACUUCUACAGUCUUCAGGAAGGUCUCUCUCAGCCUCAGAUGCUAAUAGUUUCAGAUAUUGAAGAUGUAUUUAUACCUAUGCCAGAGAACUUACUAGUAAAUUUAAAUGAAAGUAAAGAGCUUGUCCAAGAUUUACUGAAAACUUUGCCGCAAAUGUUCACCAAGACCCUGGAGACCCAGAGUGCCUUGGGUCCUGCACUUCAGGCUGCCUUUAAGCUGAUGUCCCCAACUGGUGGUCGAAUGUCUGUCUUUCAAACACAACUCCCAACUCUUGGAGUGGGAGCCCUGAAACCACGAGAGGAACCCAGUCAAAGGUCAUCUGCUAAGGAUAUUCACUUGACACCAUCCACUGACUUCUAUAAGAAAUUAGCCUUGGACUGUUCUGGUCAGCAGGUAGCCGUUGACUUAUUCCUUCUCAGUGGACAGUAUUCUGAUUUAGCUUCAUUGGGUUGUAUUUCUCGGUAUUCAGCAGGUAGUGUUUAUUUCUAUCCCUCUUACCACCAUCAGCACAACCCAGUCCAAGUACAAAAAUUGCGGAAAGAACUACAGAGAUACCUCACUCGGAAGAUUGGCUUUGAGGCAGUCAUGAGGAUUCGGUGCACCAAAGGUCUUUCCAUCCAUACUUUCCAUGGGAACUUCUUUGUUCGGUCAACAGAUUUACUGUCUUUGCCUAAUGUAAACCCAGAUGCUGGGUAUGCAGUACAGAUGUCAGUGGAAGAGAGUCUUACUGAUACUCAUUUGGUUUCCUUUCAGUCAGCACUCUUGUAUACAUCCAGCAAAGGUGAAAGAAGAAUUCGUGUUCAUACUUUGUGUUUGCCAGUAGUUUCAACUCUGAAUGAAGUCUUCCUUGGAGCUGAUGUUCAAGCAAUUUCAGGGUUAUUGGCCAAUAUGGCUGUUGACAGGUCUGUGACUGCCAGUCUGAGUGAUGCUCGGGACGCCCUAGUGAAUGCCGUCAUAGACUCUCUUUCAGCUUAUCGUUCUUCAGUCCUAAGUAACCACCAGCCUGGACUCAUGGUUCCUUUUUCUUUGCGGCUUUUUCCACUCUUUGUGUUAGCUCUCCUUAAACAGAAAUCAUUCCAGACUGGGACAAAUGCACGUCUAGAUGAACGCAUUUUUGCUAUGUGUCAAGUGAAAAACCAGCCCUUGAUUUACCUUAUGCUCACAACUCAUCCCAGUUUGUAUAGAAUUGACAAUCUCUCAGAUGAGGGAGCUCUCAACAUCAAUGAUCGCACCAUACCUCAGCCACCUAUUCUUCAGCUUUCAGUGGAGAAGCUGAGCAGGGAUGGAGCUUUUCUCAUGGAUGCAGGCUCUGUACUGAUGCUUUGGGUUGGAAAAAAUUGUGGACAGAAUUUUCUUAGCCAAGUUCUAGGAGUUCAAAACUAUGCAUCAAUUCCACAGACUAUGACAGACCUUCCGGAACUUGAUACACCAGAAUCUGCCAGAACAAUAGCUUUCGUCUCUUGGCUUAGAGAGCAGAGACCAUUUUUCCCAAUAUUUUAUGUAAUAAGGGAUGAGAGUCCAAUGAAAGCAAACUUCCUUCAAAACAUGGUAGAAGACAGAACAGAAUCUGCAUUAUCAUAUUAUGAAUUUCUUUUGCACAUACAACAGCAAGUGAAUAAAUGAACAAAUGAAGAUAUUUGACUUGGUUAUUUCUAAGGAAAGUCACAAUAAUGCAGAACACCUGAGAAUGUAUCAUACCUUCCUUUUCUAUUAGGUUUGUGGACUGAUGUGAUGAUUAUAUGUUCUCACUGUGAUUUCAACAACCUAUAGCAAAUAAAGGACCACAGCAAAGAAUCAAACAUGCAACUCUGAAAUACUGUAUUUUUCAAAUCAAAAUAUAUCUACAUAUGAUGGGAUACCUUUUUUUCUUUGCCAAUUAUGUUUGAGUUCUGGAUUGAAAUAAGAUGAGACAAUAUUGCAGAGGCAAAGUACAUUUUGUAAAAUAAAGACUUCUGUGUUCCAAAUGUAUAUUUCUCAUUUUUUCCUGAAUUUUUGGCUGCUACAUUUAAAACCUCACAAGACUAAGUGUUGCAGGGAAGUUACAAAUCUAUUGAUAAUGAUCCUUCUAAAAUAAAAAAGUUACAUAAGUAUGUAGAAAAACUAGAAUCCAUCCCCCACAUCUUUUUUUUUUUCUUAUUUAAGGAAGAAAAAGGAUCAUGUUAACUAAAACUAGAGUAAACAAACUAGCUUGAGAAGAAUAUGAGAUAAUAUAGUCAAGCUGUAACAUCUGUCAGUAUUCUCUAUACUUGAAGAACAAAGUCACCUUGAUUUGAAGUGAAAACUAAGUAGUUUUCUGAUUUGACUGCAAAAGACUUGAACACACUAUCGCAUUCUACAGUGAAAAGAAUCUGAGUUGUCUUCAUUAAAAAUAUUGGGACUGGCAAUGAUAAUAGGGAGAUGAAAAGCUAGUUGUCUUGAUCCUUCAAGUGGGAUUUUUUUGGUACAUUUCUGCUCUGUGAUAUGUAAUCAAAGUGUUAUAUUGGAGAAAUGAAGAUAAAUGAAAGAAAUUAAAGUUUUCUUAAAUGCUGUCUCAAAUGCAUCAGUAACAUUUUUCUAAGGAUUUUAAUAAUUGAAAGCCGCUCAUAAAAUGUUUAUUCUUGGGUCUUAAAACUUAUUAAAGCAUGAAUGCUGCUGUUUGAUUUGAUGGAUAUUAAGAUUACACAAAUCCAGUAUAUUGAAUUUAUGAAAGAAACUUGAUUUCUGAACAUUGUCAAGAGACUCUGUUUUUGAUUCAGCCAGAGAAAUGUUAUCGUCAAAACCAUUAAGUGAAUUUUGUUUACAAAUAGAUAAAUUAUACAUCUGUAUACAUGAAGUGCUGUGAUGGAAUAUCUUUAAAAGUUUGUCCCAGUUUUCACAGAUGCAUCUUGUCUUGUAUGAACUUCUUAAAGAUGUUCUUGUGUAAUACUUGAUGAAAAGAUUAUUUCUUUGCUUUAAUGGGUUAGGAAAAUGUGUUUACAAUCUCGAUCUCAUAUGAUCAUCAUUGAAAUAAUAACUUUCAGGUUUACAUCAAUAUGAGCUGACUUUAACUGAGUUGUUCUGGGAUAGGGAAGAAGCAGAUCCCACUAGAAGAUACACUACUGCUUGUCAGCUGGAUCAGAAUAAUUGUUUGUGUUUUAUAAAGAUAUCAUCUCCCUUAAGCAGUGUUAAGGUUUAUUUUCAGUAUGCAAGUGGUAUAUUGAACUGGAAAUAUUCUUGAAAGCUGCUUCAUUUAUUAGGAAGCAAUUUUCAAAGUAUGGCUAAUUUGUAUUUUCCCCUCUUUUAAAGAAACAGUCAUUAUUAUGCACUGAUGUUUCUUAAAAUAACUAAAAUUCUCUUCUUAAUGUGAAUUUUAAAAGUUGAUAUUUGUAGGUCCUUUCUUAAUGGUAGUAAAGAAUCUUCCAGAGGGAAAAGUUUGUGCUUCUAGGGACAAUAAUCUUCCUUGUGCCUCACUUCAUCCCUAAGUGGGUGUGACUCUUGUUAUUACUACAUGCUUUGUUAGACUAUUUCACAAAUUUACUUUUAAAAUUUUACUUUAAAAGAUUAUUUUAGAUAUUGUGUAACAUGUGCAAUCCAGAAUUAUUUUAUAAUAGCCAGGUCAUAAAAGAAAAAUAACUUUAAGAUUCACAAUAUUUGUUCUCUGGAUAAUGAGGGAAUGAAUGAACCUUGUGGAGAUAUCGAUAUUAAGCAAUUAUUUUUUGCAAUAUUGAACGUGUUUUUUUAGUUCGAUUUUUUUUUUUUUUUUUUGCAGUAGGGCACUACCUGCUAUCUCAUCUUUAUUACUUUUUUAUGUAAAGCAACUAAUAUUUACACUGUUAUUUUUUUUUAUUGUAGUUGUAAAUUAUGAAAGAUCCUUGAAUUUUCUACAGAUCUACAAAUACUAAAGUAACAGACAAGGGCAAUCUUGGUAUUUAAAUCUGAGCAUGGCAGUUCUACCAUAAAAAGUACUCUAUUUUUCUAAUUUCUAGGAUUUUUAAAAUAACAUUUCUGUAAGUCCGACAUAUUAAUAUUCACUCAAGUUCUACCAUUGAUUUUAGUUUGCAUAUAUUUUGUUUUAAUUUAAUGUAUUGAGUCUAAUAGACUGUUUUACAAUAAUUAGAAUAAAAGAGUUAUUUCUUCUAAUCAAAGAUGCAUAACAGCUAUUAUCUAGGGGACCAUCAAAUGUGAUUUCAAGAUUUUGUUAACUAUUACAAAUAUAAUCCUUAUAUGGAAAUUUUAAUUUUGUAAAGUAGUGUAUAAUAUUAUAACAUUAAAUUCUUGUUCUCAAAUUCAAAUAUGUAUUGAUCUUCAACGUGCUGUUAAAUCUUGCUACUCUGAAAUGUUAGAGACAAGAUUUGUCUUCCUUUCUACAGUUUGUAAUUUUCACUGUUUUAUUCCUGUAAAAGAAAAAUCAUUUGUAACCCAUGAAAAAUAAUUGUUUCAACUGUGCUAACUUAUCAAUUUGGCUAUUCAAUAAAGUUAAUUGAAAGAACA